GACAGCAAAACAGAAACAAAGUACAUGUAGCCCUGGUCUUACAUGGAGUAGAAUUUACGUUGACGUGGGAAUUACAGUUAUCCGCGUGGGCAACAAACAGAGAACACAAAUAGAAAAAAUUAGAAUAAAUUGUAUUGUAUUGUGAAACACACACCUCACACACACACACAGGAUGGGGCGCAGCAAAUUCGUCCCAGAUCCAAACAAAAAGGUGAUGCAUCAUGGCGAGUAUAUAAAUAGGAUUCGAAAGACUCUCUAUUAUGGCAUGAAUGUGGACUUGGAUACGGAUUCGGAUUCUGAUAUGGCUUUGUCCUUGCCUUUUGCCGAAUAUGCAUCAGAGAUUUUCUCUGAGCCGCAUCGUGGGCAUUCUUUGCAUCGCUUAAAUUGCGUUACAGCUGGCAAAUUUCAAGCCACACCUUGUUCCCUUAUAAUGGCUCUGAUAUAUCUGGAUCGUUUGAAUAUCAUCGAUCCUGGCUAUUGUUGUAGAAUCACGCCACAGGAAUUGUUUGUACUGUCAUUGAUGAUUUCAACGAAAUUCUAUGCUGGCCAUGAUGAACGUUUCUAUUUGGAAGACUGGGCAAAAGAAGGCAAAAUGACCGAAGAUCGACUCAAGGAAAUGGAACUUGAAUUUCUAACGGCCAUUGACUGGAAUAUAUACAUAUCAAAUGAGCAAUUCUUUGAGAAACUCAAUACUGUGGAACGUACGUUGGCGGAACGUGAAGGCUUACGGCGAGGCUGGUUAACGUACAGUGAACUGGUGCACCUGUUGCCCGAUUUUGCUUGGAUGAAAUUCAUGCUAAAUAACAUAGCUGUCCUAGCACUGAGCUAUGCGGCCAGUGUGAUAACCAUAGCCGGAGCUUUCUUUAUAGCCAGCCAAGUGCCGGGCACUUUGUGGUAUCGUACGGCUAGAACGACGGCAACUCGAAAUGAAGCUAUGGCCAACAGCAAUGCAACAAGUACCAUGACAGUAACCACUCCAGUUGAUUCAACGAAUGCAACUCAAGCUGCACCUGUUAUAAUUAACCAUGAGAUUACAUCCGAUCCAUCCGAGGCCAACGAAAAUUGUUUGCGACUCAAUGUUGAAGAAGAAUUAACAAAGUUGGAGCAACAAUACUGUGACGAGGCUAGACUGAGUGAACGGGAACGCAUUCGACGUAUGGAAAAACUUGCACCCAAUCAUCAUUCAUUAUUUCCCGCCGAUUUUGGCAAGGCUGCAAUAUUCACACAUCGGGAUAAUGCUCAAAAUUGGUUAAACAUCAAGUCGCAAUACAGUGAUGUGGUGGGAGCUCUUGAACAUCAGAAUCCUUUCCCCCUUGGCCAAUACAACAAUCAUCGUCAUCUACAACAACACAAUGCUUCUAUAUUUUGGCAAUUGCUUAGCGAUGCUAUGCAAAAUUCAUUUAUAAUCCGUUGGCCAGAGUUGUGGCCCAAAUUAAUUUAAUAACUUUAUUGCUGAUAAAUUAAACACACACAACAAAAAAGAAUAAGAAAAAAACAAAAAACAUUUAAAUUGCACAUCAAGUUUUAAAAUAUUUUCUUUUCCAUUUCCUAACUGUUUUAACUAAAUGCUAAGCCAAUCCAAAAUGGCUGUAAACCUGUAAAACUAAAACGAAAAAAAAAAUUUAAAAUUUACGAAAAUAAAUUAAACCUAUAUAUAUUUUUUCAAACUUACUUCAACUCAAUACAGUUAAUUUUUGAUCUAA